CUGAAAUUUGAUUCGAGUUUAAAAGGCGCAGACAGCAGCCGCAAGUCAGAGAGCAGCGUUUCCUCCCAGUGAGAGGCAGGUGGCACCUUAUAGGGAUUGGAGAGGCACCACACAGCCCCUCUAGCUCUGUAUCUGCUCGGGCGCACAGAGGGGCAGUGCCAUGCCCACUCCUGCUUAGGCGCUGCUCCUGAGCGGAGGGAACCAGUCUUUGGAUUUCACUCCCACCGAUGACCAAACGAUGGAGAUGCCUGGAAACAUCACCCUCCACCCGAACGGCUCCGAUCCGUUUGCGAGGAACGAGGAGCUGGCCCAGAUCGAGAUCAUGGUGCUGAGCAUCACCUUCGUGGUCGCCGUGAUCGGAAACGUGAGCGUCCUGCUGGCGAUGUACAACACCAAGAAGAAGAUGUCGCGCAUGCACCUCUUCAUCAAACACCUGACCCUGGCUGACCUGGUGGUCGCCUUCUUCCAGGUGCUGCCGCAGCUCUGCUGGGAUCUCACGUACCGCUUCUAUGGUCCGGACUACCUCUGCAGGAUCGUGAAGCACCUCCAGGUGACGGGGAUGUUUGCCUCCACCUACAUGAUGGUGAUGAUGACCCUUGACCGCUACAUCGCCAUCUGCCACCCGCUGAAAACCCUCCAGCAGCCCACUCAGCGCUCCUACAUCAUGAUCGUCUCCACGUGGAUGUGCAGCCUGGUGUUCAGCACGCCGCAGUACUUCAUCUUCUCCCUGAGCGAGAUCAAGAACGGCUCGACGGUCAAGGACUGCUGGGCGAACUUCAUCGAGCCCUGGGGCGCCAGGGCGUACAUCACCUGGAUCACCGGCGGGAUCUUCCUGGUGCCCGUGGUCAUUCUUGUGAUGUGCUACGGCUUCAUCUGCCACAGCAUAUGGAAAAAUAUCAAAUACAAGAAAAGGAAAACGAUGCCUGGCGCUGCGAGUAAGAACGGCCUGAUUGGGAAGAAUUCAGUCAGCAGCGUCACGACCAUAUCGAGAGCCAAGCUGCGGACUGUUAAGAUGACUUUUGUGAUAGUUUUGGCUUACAUCAUUUGCUGGGCGCCGUUUUUCACCGUGCAGAUGUGGUCUGUGUGGGACGAAAACUUCCAGUAUGCUGAUUCUGAGAACACAGCGGUGACUAUUUCUGCGCUCCUUGCCAGUCUCAACAGCUGCUGCAACCCGUGGAUAUACAUGAUCUUCAGCGGCCACCUCCUGCAGGAUUUCAUGAACUGCUUCUCCUGGUGCCGCAGAGCAAACGCAGACUUCAAGAAGGAGGACUCGGACAGCAGCAUCCGCAGGACGACACUGCUGACUAAGAUGACCAACCGCAGCCCCACGGGCAGCACUGGCAACUGGAGAGAUCUGGACAACUCUCCCAAGACCUCCAUUCAGAUGGAGUAACAGCUGGGAAGAUAAAUGUUCACCGGGGGUGGGAAUGAACACAUGUGUUGCAGCGGCACAGAGGUACACUCACAGUAUCAGCUCGUCUUAGCUGCAGACAUGACAGACAGUGAUGUAAAUGUCCCUCACACCCCAGAGCCGUCAUUCAGAGAGGAGAGAUAGAUUGAGAAGACAUUUGGAAAUGUCAACUUUUGCUUCUUCAUGAGUUCUUGUUGCUUCACAUAAUCUCUGAAACAAUAUAAGAAAAAUAUUUGAAAAAGGUGUCAUUCAUUAUGUUGGUAAAUGCCAUCUGUGCUUACAGUUGUGUUUUGCAUAAUACUCAAAAAU